GGCGUGAGUACUUCUUUCUUUGUUUGGUGCCGAGAAAGUCAAAUACAGGAAAUAGGAGAGAGAGUUAGUGAGAGAGUGCUUCAAACUUCAAAGUGUGUCUUUUCGAUCUUUACUGUACUGAGGAUCCGUUGAUUUGUUCUUCAAGCUUCCCUAGUGAUUUAUUUGGGAACUUAUGUUUGCAGCAGUGUGUUGGGAAUGAGGAGAUUAAAGCUAAUUUUCGAAGAAUGAAGUGAUUUUGGUGUCAUCUCGGUUCUUAAAUGGUGUACCUGUUUCAAUAUUUUCACUUGUUAUGAACUUAUGUCACAUGAGAAACCGGAAAUUGCUUUUUCUGUUGGCGGUACUUGCUGCUAAUUAUUUACUAUUUCAGUCAAUAUUGGUUCCAUAUGGAAAUGGAAAUGCCCCAUGGUCUUCGGUGCCCCAAAACCAAAAGCAUGACAAAGUUAGCUUUCCAUCAUUACAUUCAACUCCAAAGUACUCCACCAUUUGGAAUCCACCAACAGGUUCUCCUGCUGUCAUUGCUACGGUGGAAAAAGUGCACAUUCCUAUUGUUCAAGAUGAAGUUGGGCUCGGUGAGAAAAAGGGAAUGCGCAAUGAUGAAAAGGGUGGUUUAGUCUCCGAAAGAAACAACUCUAAUAAUGAUGUUUUUGAACUCGGGGCUGAUAGAAAUGAUGUUCGCAGUUUAGCUGGGAAGAAAGAUGUCAGAAAAGGUGACAGAUUGGAGUUGGAGAGUGUCGGUUCCAAAAAUUUCAUAGCAGUUUUUGCCAAGGGCAGUGAGAUUGACUUUUCAGUGAAGAAAUUUUUGGAGACAAAACGGGGAACCUCUAGGUUGGUAAAAAAUAACAAUACGGAUUCAAGGGAACAUAAUGGGGUUGGUGUUCAUACCUCACACAGUGCAACUUCCUCUGUUAAUCUGCCUCAUCUUGAAAAUUUUCCCCAGAAAAAUGUCAUUUCUGUAUCAGAUAACAGUACUGCAGUGAGGACUCCUAGGAGAAAGAUGAGGUGUAUGAUGCCACCUAAGUCAAGAACAUUAAUUCAGGAGAUGAACCAAAUACUAGUGCGCCGCCGUGCGUCUUCUCGUGCAAUGAGACCAAGGUGGUCAUCCAAACUUGACCUGGAAAUUCUUGCUGCAAGGUUGGAGAUUGAGCAUGCUCCUAUAGUAACACAUGACAAAGAGCUUUAUGCUCCUCUCUUUCGCAAUCUUUCUAUGUUCAAAAGGAGUUAUGAGCUCAUGGAACGCACACUCAAAGUUUAUAUAUACCAGGAUGGAAAUAAACCCAUCUUCCAUGAACCUAUACUUAAGGGCCUGUAUGCCUCGGAGGGUUGGUUUAUGAAAUUGAUGGAGGAAAAUAAGCAUUUUGUUGUGGGGGAUCCUGCAAAGGCCCACAUGUUCUACAUGCCAUUCAGCUCACGUAUGUUAGAGAAGUCCCUUUAUGUACGUAACUCUCAUAAUCGAACAAAUCUCCGUCGGUUUUUGAAGGACUAUACAGAUAAAAUUUCUGCAAAAUAUCAUUACUUCAACAGAACUGGUGGUGCUGACCAUUUUCUUGUUGCUUGCCAUGAUUGGGCUCCAUAUGAAACGAGACACCAUAUGGAAUACUGCAUAAAAGCCCUCUGCAAUGCUGAUGUAACUCAAGGCUUUAAAAUAGGAAGGGAUGUUUCUCUUCCGGAAGCUUAUGUCCGGUCAGUAAAAAAUCCUCAGAGAGAUCUGGGAGGAAAGCCUCCUCACCAACGAUCCAUCCUUGCUUUCUAUGCUGGAAAUAUGCAUGGUUAUUUGCGUCCAAUAUUGCUAAAACACUGGAAGGAGAAAGACCCUGAUAUGAAGAUAUAUGGCCCAAUGCCUCGUGGUGUUGUAAACAAAAUGAAUUACAUUCAUCACAUGAAGAACAGCAAAUACUGUAUAUGCCCUAAAGGGUAUGAGGUCAAUAGUCCACGGGUGGUCGAAGCCAUAUUUUAUGAGUGUGUGCCUGUGAUUAUAUCUGACAAUUUUGUGCCACCUUUUUUUGAGGUUUUGAAUUGGGAUGCGUUCUCAAUAAUCCUUGCAGAGAAAGAUAUUCCCAACUUGAAGCAGGUACUUCUUUCAGUGUCACAAGAGAAGUAUCUCAAGUUGCAACUUGGGGUCAGAAAGGCUCAGAAACAUUUUUUUUGGCAUGUAAAACCCUUGAAGUAUGACCUCUUCCACAUGACCCUUCAUUCAAUUUGGUAUAAUAGAGUGUUUCAAAUAAAGGUGAGAUGAUGAUGCAUUCGAGCCCUCUCAAAAAGAAUGCAGAAGCACACCUCACAAGACCUUAUGAAAAAGAAGUGGGAAUUUCUGAUAAUGAGAACUCGUGAAAGAAUAUAGUAGGGACUUGGGAUAUGUACUCGGUUUUAGAUUGUUCUGUAUGGAUAAAUGCUGUAUCAUAUUAUUAUUUCUCUUGAACGUAUGCAAAGGAAGCACGUAAUUAACCAAUAACAAAAGCUUGUUGUACUUU